UGUGACUUCUCUGGACUCGUACUCACGGACAACCAACACUUCAACAGUAGCACCGACUGAUCACCGGGUUCAUUUGAUCCGCACAAAAAAAAUAAGGCAGCAUAUAUAUUCGCUGUCUAAAAUGCCGGAAGCGCAGGGGGUGAUGGGAUAAUCCAACAUGGCAGCCCCCAUGGACCAGGCAGCAGAUGCAGGAGAGUGCAGCACAAAUCUUGGCGGUGACAUUAGCAAGUAAAUAAUACCUGUGGUGAAUCAAUUGAGCUCACAUCAGUUCAACAAAAUUGCAAGCAUGGACAAGCAAGCAGUCUUCAACAAUCUAUCGGCCUGGUUUGCAAGGAGUGUUUCACCUCGAAGAAAAGCACUCUGGGUGAAGCAUGGAGGCAGGCUUGUCAACAUUCCUGAUGCGCAGUUCAUUUUCAGUCAAGAUGUGGAGGACUGGGACACAAAAAGUUUAUUUAAGACAGAGGACUACCUGAUUGGAUGCCUGACUGUCUUCCACGCUGCUUUCAUCGACGCCUGUCUCAAGAAUAAAAGCGCCCAUAAAACAACCAUCAGCAAGUUUCUUCUUCUGCCUAAAGACAUCCCCAAAGUUCUGCACAGCGUCCUAAUCCCUGAGGAUCAAUCACAAGUGGAGAAUCCAACAAGAUCACCCUCUGGAUUAAAAACAGCCUGCACGGCAAGACUGAGCGAUAGGCACACUCCAGCAUUAACAGAUCGAAAUGGAGAAACAGCAGACCCUUUGCCAGAGGGAGUGAAUGAUGGAACUGGUGACAGGACGGGCAAUGGAGACAGAUCAGAUGUUGCUUCUACUGGAAACAGGACAGCUGAUGGUAGUGGUACACAGCAAGUAACAACACAUGAAGAACAGAAGAGGAGCAAAGAUAAAACUGGAGAAAGCAGAACCAAUGAGAGAGGCCGUCAUGCAAGCCGACAGUCCUAUGACAUGGAUUCAACAGGAUUUCCUGAUCUUCAGAAUAUGGACAUCGAUACGAUUCCUCACGUGAAAGAUUUGCCCAAGGUGUCUGGCCCCAUUGUGGACGUUGUGAUCGGCAAGAAUGGUUUUACUGUGCAGAAGAUCAGCAACACAUGAUUGAUGCAGAGCGUCCUAGGCAUUGUUAAACACCCUGAAAUUGUUGAUAUUAUUUAUUUUUUCCUGUCGUUUUGACCCCAAAGUGGGAUCAGCUUAUGAAUUAUUCAUUAUAGUUAUGAAUUAUUCAUGCUGUAGUUUGUUCUUUGUAUGAAUAUUCAUACAUCCAGUUUGUUCUUUGUAUGAAUAUUUGUGUAUUGAAUUUGUUCUUAUGAAUUAUCCAUACAUCCAUUCAGUAUUUUUUGUGAUAAAACAGAGUGCUCACAGAAUAUUGAAGGCGUUUUGAAUUUAGAAUUGAAUAAUAUUCAUAAGUAUCCAUUUAUUUAUAAUAAACAAUUCUAAUAUUAUAUUAGAAAAGAUGUAAAUAUUUGUAUUUAUUCAAUGUUUUUAGCAGUUACUGUAAAUGAUGUUUAGAAUUUGGCCACAUUGUGUUGCCUGUGACUGUGAAUUAUUAUUAAAAUUAAGUUCAACUCAAAGAAACCACU